AUGAACAUCGCUUUCACUACUCUUGAACUAUGCAUCACUUCAGCUAUAUUUGACGACAGUGCACUUUCGAAAGCUCCGCGUUAUCCAACAGAUCUGUGGGCAGGAUACGGCUUCAGUUAUUCCUUGCCAGCCGAGCUACUCAAAGGAAUUAUGGAUAUAUCUCAAGAAGACGCAGUGCCUGACGGAAGGCCCAUUUUAGGAAAGGAUGCAAAAACGCCUUCGCGUGGUUUAUGCGCAGUUCGUGAAGAAGAUGAGCUAUCGGAGUUUUCUGGAUCAAUUAGCAGCAAUUCUAUGAACUCGACCAACCGCGUCUACGCAAAAAGGAAUGGUGCAGCGUUUUCCGCCUCCACUUCGAUUUUCGACACGUCACCAGUUGUAUCGGAAUUUUCCUGGGACAUUCGUUUGUUUGUUGAUCCAAUGAUGGUGCUGGCGCAGCUGGGAUGCAGUGAAUAUAUGACGCAAUUGAGAGAGCAGGAGAUCGACAUGCACGCGUUUCUUCUCCUGGAUGAGCAAAACCUCAAAGAUAUCGGAGUGUCUACAAUUGGAGCACGGAAGAAAAUUCACCAUGCUAUAAUGAGUAAGUGGCAAGUCCAGUAA